GCGACCGGGAGCGCAUGCGUGUUGCGGCUCGGAUAGUUCGGAUAUACGCAUGAGAAGCUACGGGUUGAGAAGUGACGGGGGGUGGCUGACGUGAUGGUACUUGCUUUCAAGCUUCACUUCAGUGCCAGUUAGCCACUGCGACUGCACGCCGUAGCGCUGGUUAUGUGCAACAUUCGAAUUUAGAACAUAGUCGAAUGACAUCGCUUUUUUUGCCGCGCGGUUCGAAAGUUUGAUUUCGUGCGGAAAUUAAAAGUGCAUUAGUGAACAUCGUUUUCUACAAAGAUUUGGUGUCACUUUUUGUAUCUGUAAUAUAUAACAUUGUUCGUGUAUUUUGUGACUUAACGACAAUACGACAGCCUUCCGAAAAUGGAUCUGGAGUUUCGAAACUUGUCAUACACGGUGUUUAACAAAAUAGUAAGAGGACCGGGAAAACAGGUUGUCAAAGGCGUCAGUGGGAGGUUUAUGUCCGGUCAACUCAUUGCUAUUAUGGGUCCGUCUGGUGCCGGCAAGAGCUCUCUAUUGAAUGUAAUUUCAGGUUACAAGUCCGCAGGUGUAACUGGCGAAUUACUUGUGAAUGGGCAACCUCGUGACGAACACCUCUUCAAAAGAUCAUCAUGCUAUAUAACGCAAGAGGAUCUGCACCAACCCCUCCUCACGGUUCGCGAAGCUAUGGACGUUGCAGCCAAGUUUAAACUUCCAAAGGGCGCGAAAAUUCCAUCAGAAGAUAUUUUACAGCAACUUGGUCUAUUAGAACAUCAGCAUACGAGGACAGAUCAGCUUUCUGGAGGACAAAAGAAAAGAUUAUCGAUAGCAUUGGAGCUGGUGAAUAAUCCACCAGUGUUUUUCCUUGACGAGCCAACAAGUGGCUUGGACACAGUCACAACGGUUCAGUGUGUGAAGUUGUUGAAGCAAUUGGCGCGGCAAGGAAGAACUGUCGUGUGUACAAUUCAUCAGCCUGCUGCAUCUCUAUUCGAAAUAUUUGAUCAGGUAUACGUUUUAGCUGAUGGGUGUUGUAUCUACCAGGGCGACACAGACGCUAUGGUACCAUAUCUAAGUAGCGUCGGUUUACACUGCCCCAGACAUCACAACCCGGCAGAUUUCAUCAUAGAAGUAACAGAAAACCCACAUAACACAAAAAUGUUAUGUGACGAAAUAUUAAACGGGCGUAUAUAUAAAUCAACUAAAAUGGACACAGCUAUAAGUGAACCGAUCAAUAAUAUACAGUUGAAAGUCUGUUAUCAAAUUGAAGACGAUUCGGGAGAGACGGAAAUCGUUUUGUCAGAUGAGAAAUGUACUUUUAAAGUGAAACAGUUGAAUGAGAUAAGUAAUUCGACGACAUCAUUGGGUCGAUUAUCUAGAGACGAUUCGUCAUUGGCUUGGAUGAAAAUACAGGAAUCAACAAAUCAAUACCCUACGACCUAUUUCCAACAGUUUUCGAUACUUCUCCGUCGAAUGAUGUUACAAAUAUCGAGAAAUAGACAAGCAUUAUGGAUCCAAACCAUACACCACGUGAUGUGCGCUGUGUUAAUAGGCCUUUGUUUCUUCGGUACGGCUAACGACGGCUCACAAAUGUUCAACCACUUAAAGAUGUGCGUUGGUCUUGUGAUAUUCUUUUCGUAUACGCAAAUCAUGGUACCAGUGCUUGUAUAUCCUGAGGAAGUAAAGCUAGUGAAGAAAGAACAUUUCAACAGCUGGUACAGCCUCGUACCGUACUAUGCUGCUUUGACGGUGUCAAAAUUGCCAGUCCAAGUUACCUUGAACAUGAUAUUUUGCACGAUCGUGUUCUUCAUGGUAGGAGUACCCUUCAGUGCUGCGAGAUUUAUAGUCUUCUGUAUUGUUGGCAACAUCGUUUCCUUGGUGUCUGAGGGACUCGGUAUGGCGAUCGGAUCGGUUUUCAGUGUGAGGAAUGGCUGUGCAAUCGGCCCAGCUGCCAUCGCACCAUUCCUUGGUCUCGCCAUCUACGGCUUCGACUUCGCCCACAGGAUCCCUCUGCUCAUGAACAUUAUCAUGAAGACCUCUUUCAUCAGAUGUGGCGUAGUCGCUAUGGUACUUACAGUUUUUGGCUUUGGUAGAAAACCUUUGGAAUGUGAUGACGUCUACUGCCAUUUCGCAAAACCAGACGUUCUAUUACAAUAUUUAGAUAUAGAAAACAGUUCAGUCUGGCUAGAAAUUCUUAUAAUGGUAAGCAUCCUGUUAUCAGUAAGAUUCCUCUGCUUUAUGGGUCUUAGAUAUCGCUUUGCUACGUGAUUUACAAAAUAUUAAAAUAUACAAUGUGAUUUAGUGUGAUACGUACUUAUUAGUAAUUCUAUGUUCUAAUCAAAUGGGAGGACAUUACAUGCUGUUUUAUGUAUGUGAUAGAUUAAUUUAAUGUUAUCGUAAUUUAAAAUGUGUCUCCAAUGCAUUCUGUAAUAGGGAAUAUCUCUAGCCAAAGAUUUUUUUAUUAUUGUUUAAACGAAUUAAUAAUAGAUUUGGUCUAAGUAAACAUCAAUUUGCUGGAAUAUUGGUCUAAGUAAACAAUUAAAAAUGAAGUUGGAAUAAUUCUGCCUAUUGUAAAAUAUUAUACACAAACUAUACGAGACGUUACGAAAAUUUGGAUGAUUUUACUUUCUACCUUUCGAUUCGUUCUUUAAGAGCAUGAGUGAGACAAUUUUUCGAGCGUGAAUGGGCAUGACAAGUUACAUAGGUAUGUGGGUGGAUUGAGUGUGUGAAAAAAGAAAUAUAAUAAAAAUAAUAGCGUUAACUGCGACGCAGACCAAAUUAAAAAUAUAUGCAUUGAAUAUUUGGUAGACUUAAGUCAUAUGAAGGUUUUUUUUUUUUUUUAAUUUAAUAUUGUCUUGUGUACUUAUGCGAUAUUUCGGUCCUGCUUUUCUUAAAAGUGUCUAAAAUUAUUAAUAUACAUCUAAUUGAUGGUGAAUGUACUUACUACCUAGUAAGAAGACCUUUUUUCUGUCGCACUUUUUAUCUAUACGAUGAUUUAAUGCAGUCGUCGCUCUUGUCAAACGAAAUGUACUUCGUAUUCACUGCUGGAUUUUUUAAAUUAAUAUUUUAAUUAUUAAAAGGUGAUUAUUUUGUUUUGAUCAGACUGUCAAAAUUAAUACCUUAUGUAUUUGACUGUAAUUAAAAAAUAUUGAAAACAUAAUAGCAAUAUUAUCACUAAAAAUAUUAUUUAAUAGAAUAACUUGUAAAUUCAUUAAAUAUCAAUUCAAUUAAUUGUUACGGGGCUUUUAUGAGUAGAUUACUUGAUUAAUGUAAUAUUGAGAAUGGGCGUCAAUAAGUACUGUUAGAAAAACAGUUUUUAGACACAAAAAAUUAUCUGUAAUUUUGCUAUGUAGUUAACUACUGGUUCAUAUUCCAUGAGGUUAAUGAAAUGAUAUUACUUAAUAGAAUAAGUAUAAACAUUAAAGUAUUUAAGGCUUUAUUAUUAUUAUUCCUAGUUUGCUGAGUA